UUAACAUUUACCUAUUUAUUUUCCAACCAUUUGAUUAAUCUAAAGGCUGAGAUUGUCGCUACAGAGAACUGUAGAUAUCACCCAAGCAUAGAAUCCAAAUCCUGGAACAACAAACCAAAUUGUGCAAAACAACGAGGAAGAAGAAGAAGAAGCAAGAACAUAUAAAAAUGGCAGAGAAAUUGGCACCGGAAAAGCGUCACGUUUUCCUCCACAACGGUCAAAAGGUUUUCGAAUGGGAUCAAACCCUAGAAGAGGUCGAUAUUUACAUUAAUCUUCCUCCUAAUGUUCAUUCCAAGCUAUUUUACUGUAAGAUUCAGUCCAAACACAUUGAACUUGGCAUCAAAGGCAAUCCUCCAUUUCUCAAUCAUGAUCUUAGUUCACCGGUGAAGACAGAUUCUUCGUUCUGGACUUUAGAGGAUGACAUAAUGCAUAUAACAUUGAAUAAAAGAGAUAAGGGUCAGACAUGGGCUUCUCCUAUAUUAGGUCAAGGUCAGUUGGAUGCUUACUCUAGUGAUCUUGAGCAGAAACGCCUCAUGCUUCAAAGAUUUCAAGAGGAGAACCCGGGUUUUGAUUUUUCACAAGCUCAAUUUAGUGGAAACUGCCCUGAUCCAAGGACCUUCAUGGGUGGAAUUCGAACAGAUUGAUAUUUGCCACAUGAGUUUGUAUUUACCUGCGGUAAUGGAAGAUGAUAAUCAGAUUAAUAAUCUGUGUAAUCUCUUGUCUCCUUGUUUGGUGCCAUUUAGUUUAAUUAAAAAACAAUCUUAACAUACUGUAAUGAAUAACUGACUUUUGGCAUCUUGCGGUAGUAUUUAUUAAUCUUUCAACUGCCCUUUGUUGGCUUUUAAAAUUAAAUAUGUAUAUAGAAAAGGCAUUUGAGUAGGAUUUAUAUUAGACAUCAUUGUUCUAAUAUGAUAUACUAUGUAACUAUUUUGAUUUGAAAUCUCAUGGAUUACCAAGCCAGAUUAAAUCAAGCUAGUAUGGAACAUUGUGUGAGUGUA